GAGAUACCGAGAGGACAGGAUGGCCACCCUGGUAGAAUCCGCAGAAAUGGAGACUUUAGGCGGCCAAAGCAAAGCCGGGGCAUCUCCGACGUCCCCCAGCCCCUCGCAGCACUUCAACGACGGCAAAUUUUACCUGCUGGUGGUCAUCGGGGAGGUCAUAACGGAGGAUCACCUCAAGUGUGCCAUUGCGGACAUAGAGAAAGGGAUCCGCUCAUGGGACACCAACCUCAUUGACUGCAACCUGGACCAGGAACUCAAGCUGUUUGUCUCCAGACACUCAGCUCGUUUCUCUGCAGACGUCAGAGGGCAGAGAAUUCUUCACCAUAAAAGUAAUGUCCUUGAGACGGUGGUACUUAUCAACCCUUCAGAUGAAGCAGUCAGUACUGAGGUUCGUUUGAUGAUCUCAGACACUGCCAGACACAAGCUUCUGGUUCUCUCAGGGCAAUGUGCUGAAAACACCGGGGAGCUGAUUCUUCAGUCUGGCUCCUUCUCUUUCUUCAGUUUCAUAGACAUAUUCACUGACCAAGAGAUUGGUGAAUUGCUCAGCACCAUUCACCCAGCAAACAAAGCCAACCUUACACUCUUCUGCCCUGAACAAGGCGACUGGAAAAACUCCAAUUUGGACAAACACAACCUGCAGGACUUCAUUAACAUGAAACUAAACUCCAAUUUCAUACUUCCUGAAAUGGAGGGCCUCUCAGAAUUCACAGAGUAUUUAUCUGAAUCAGUAGAGAUCCCAUCUCCUUUUGACAUGUUAGAACCACCGACCUCAGGUGGAUUCCUCAAACUCUCAAAACCAUGCUGUUACAUUUUCCCCGGUGGUCACGGUGACUCUGCACUCUUUGCUGUAAACGGCUUCAACAUGCUCAUUAACGGUGGCUCGGACAGGAAGUCAUGCUUCUGGAAGCUGGUGAGACAUCUGGACCGGGUGGACUCCAUCCUCCUGACCCACAUCGGUGACGACAACCUGCCUGGCAUCAAUAGCAUGCUGCAGAGGAAGAUUGCAGAGCUUGAGGAGGAACAGUCACAGGGUUCGACAGCUAACAGUGACUGGGUGAAGAACAUGAUUUCUCCAGAUAUUGGCGUUGUGUUUGUGAAUCUUCCUGAAAACCUGGACAACCCUGAACCUAAUCACAGAGUGCGGAGGAAUGUUGAGGAGGCAGCGUUCACUCAGCAGUUCCUCGCCAAACUAAAUUUGAGGACAGAGCCUUUGCAAAGACCUGUUGGAAACACUAUCGAACCAAUCAUACUUUUUCAGAAAAUGGGUGUCGGGAAGCUUGAGAUGUAUGUGCUUAAUCCGUCAAAGAACAGCAAGGAGAUGCAGCACUUUAUGAAGCAGUGGACAGGUAGUGAAAAGGACACCGCUUCUAUUCUGCUGCCAAAUGGAAAAGAAUCUGAGUUCCCUGUCUCUUACUUGACAUCUAUCUCUUCGCUUAUUGUAUGGCACCCUGCAAAUCCCUCAGAUAAGGUUGUGCGUGUUCUCUUUCCUGGAAAUGCCACCCAGCAUCACAUCUUUGAAGGUUUAGAAAAGCUAAAGCACUUGGACUUCUUGAAGCAGCCAGUUGUCACUCAAAAAGCUUUGUCUUCUGAUAUGCCAUCAACACCGACACUAAAGCAAGCUAAGAUGAAACACAGAACAGACAGCAGAGAGAGCCUAAAGUCUACCCCAAAGCCAUCACCAAGCAAGAUGAAAAAGGAUUCAAAGGAGGAAGCACCAGAAAAGGCAAAGACAGAUGCAGAAUCAACUCAUGAAAAAACCCAAAAGACAGAGAAAAAAGAAAAAGUCCCACUGAAAAAGGAAAAGGCAAAAGCACCUGAGAAAGAAUCAAAAGCAAAGUCGGAUCAAACAGCGCAAAAUGAAACUCCAGAGAAAAAGAAGUCUGAACUAAAACCAAAAGCUGAAAAGGAAAAGAUUAUUAAGAAGGAGACCAAAAUAUCUGUGGAAAAGAAAAAGGAGGUUAAAAAAGAAGUAGCAAAGAAAGAUGAUAUACACAAACAAGAAAGUAAAAAAGAUGAAAAAGUAAAGAAAGAGGAGGCAAAGAAAGUUAUAAAAAAGGAUAUCAGAAGAGACUCGCCUAUGAAAGAGAAGAAGGAAGAAAAGAAAGAACAAAAGAAAGAUAUCAAAAGACUGUCUAAAGACAUUAAAAAGACAACUGAAGAAAAGAAUCUAGCACCAAAACCAAAGCCCCUGAAAAAAGAUGAUGCCUCAAAGAAAGAUACAGGAGUACCAUCAAAGUUAAAAGAGAAAGCAAAGCCGAAGGUUACAAAGAAAGAGACAAAGGUGGAUAGUGGCAAACCUGCAGCUCGUGCCACUGCUGUUAUAGAGGAUCCAGAAGCAGAAAGAUCUCGGAUGUCCUCACCAGAGGACCUUACUAAGGACUUUGAUGAGCUCAGAGCUGAAGAGCUGGUGGAGGAUGAUGCAACGGUGCAACAAAGUCAAAAAGAAGAGGCUGUGAUGAUCCACCGUGAAGAAAUAAUACAGACCAAAGAGUCACCUGAGGCAUUAGAGUCUGUGGACGAGGGUAUAACCACAACAGAGGCUGAGGGAGACGGUGGAGUAACACCAGAUGAACAAGUUCUUAAGGGAAAACUCAAUGGAAGUGCUAUUGAGAAGUUUGAGGAUGAGGGCACUGUAAUGGAAGAGACAUCUGAGGGAGGAGAUUAUGAAGAAAAGGGAGAGACAGAAGAAGUUUAUGAACAACAGAGAAUGGAAUCAGAUAAAGAUAAGCUUACUCCUAGUGAAGAUGAAAACCAAGACAGACAUUAUGAAGUCAAACCAGCGGAUAGUGUUGAAGACAGCAACGAUGUGACUAAUAAAAAUGUAGAAGAUCAGCUCAGAAUUGAAAGACAAACAGAGAAACAGAAUCUGUUUGUAAUAGCCUCACCCAAAGUGUCCUCACCAGUUUCUCCAGCAGCAUCCAUCCAUGAAGAAAUGCUUCCAGUUGGCUUUGAGUGCUCAACAGCCUCAGAUGAUGACAACCGAGAUGAAGUCCCUGAGGAUUACACUGUCACCUCUGGCUACACUCAGUCCACCAUUGAGAUCUCCAGUAUACCUACUCCCAUGGAUGAGAUGUUGACUCCUAGGGAUAUUAUGAGUGAUGAAACCACCAAUGAUGAGACUGAAUCUCCUCCACAGGAUGGUGACAGGUUUGAGACAUCAGCACCUGUAGAGUAUGAUAGGAAGAAGAUUUCUCCACUUCAGGAUAUGCCAGGAUCAGAUCGUUCUCAGACUGACGCCACAGAAGGCCAGGACUACAGCCACUCCGCUUCCACAAUAUCUCCUCCUUCAUCGUUAGAAGAAGAUAAAUUCUGUAAGGAAUUUCCCUCUGCAGGGGAAGCUGAAGGGUUUGACACAGCUCUAGAGUCAUGUGAGAAAUACGAUGCAGACUCAGCUAGACUCAGUUCAACCACCACAACAUCACCUCUUAUUCGUUCUCCCUCAGUGGACCGCAAGGAUACUUUUGAUUCUCCAUCAAUUUUUGCUGCUCCAAUAGAACUGUCCACCACACUGGCAGGAUGCACAAGAGCAACAGCAGAUUCCUCCCUCAGCCCAGAUGACAAGACACUGGAAGGAGCUAACUCGCCUCAAUCCUCCGGUCACACGCCUUACUAUCAGUCACCAGUAGAUGAAAAAGCAGCAAGUCUACCACCUGUGUCAGAAGACAAAGCACAGGGUCCAAUAAUUGUGGAGGUCACAAGUGAUAAAGAGGAUUCUUCCAAAAGUCGCUCCCCUGUAGAGAGUGUAAUAUCCUCUCCAAAAAGCCCACCCCCAACUGAACCUGAUUCCCCAACAAAUAAGGAAAAGUCACCCUUUGAUGUAGAUCAUAAGAAAAAUGGAGAAAACGGCCAUUCAGUCUUGUCCUCCACACCAAUGACCAAACAUGAAUCGGACACCAUUCCGUUUACAGCUUUCAAAGAAGAGAGUAAAAUGUCCAUUUCAGAGGGUACCACAUCAGACAAGUCGGGAACCCCUCCGGAGGAAGUGGUAGCAGAAGACACAUUUUCACAUUUAGCUUCAGCAUCCACUGCCUCCCUGGCCACCAGCUCCUUGCCAGAGCCAACCACGGACUCUCCUUCCCUUCAUGCUGAGGUAGGUUCUCCUCACUCAACAGAAGUAGAUGACUCGCUGUCUGUCUCUGUGGUUCAGACCCCGACCACCUUCCACGAGGCUGAGGGAUCUCCAUCCAAGGAAGAUAGCCCCAGGCCCAUGUCUAUCUCCCCAGACAUCUCACCAAAGUCAAAAAGCAGAACACACAUGCAUGACACAAAAUCCCCAGAGCACUCUACCAUGUCAAUAGAAUUUGGCCAGGAAUCCCCUGACCACUCCUUAGCCCUGGACUUUAGUAAGCAAUCCCCAGAGCACCCAUCUGUGGGAGUCAGCUCACGUGCUACGGAGAAUGGCCCAACUGAGGUUGACUACAGCCCCUCAGAUGGAACAGAUGUAAGACCAUCUGGAGAGCCUAGCUUCACAGUGGAUAAGCCUUUGCUUUUUGAAGAGAGUGAUUCAGUCUGUGCCACUUCUGCAACCCCAUCAGAUGCAUCUCAGUCCACACCCUCUGUUACAACCCCAUGCCAGAUGACAGAGAUGCCACAUGCUGUGGCUGAGCAGACAGAUAUCUCUCCAGUCACCCCCAAGGCAUCCUCUCUCACCCACUCUCCCGUUUCCAGUGUGCCAUCCCCAGUGCAAGGAAGUCCCCCAGCUAAAGACAGCACCAGCCCAAUUUUACCAUCUGUGGAGAGCAUUUCUAGUAAAUCUGACACACAGCAGAAAUACGACAAGUCACCCUCACCUCCCAAAGCUACUUCUCCAUCAUCUUCUUCUGCCUUCCCAAAACAGGAGACACUUUUCCCAGCACAGGAGACUAAUCCCUUUAAAUGUGAGGAUUCUACACUUGAGGCAAAAUCCCCUGUGAGCCCCAAAGUUCCUUCCCCAUCAUAUCUACCUCUCUCCUCUGAUCUGUAUAAUUACAAUUCUGCCUGUGGCUCCAGGGAUCCAGACUCCACUAAGAGGAGCCCCUCUGCUCCAUCUAAGACAGAUGUUGACCUCUGUCUAGUCACUUCAUGUGAGUACCGUCACCCCAAGACAGAACUAUCCCCAUCUUUCAUCAACCCUAACCCUAUAGAAUACUUCAUUAAUGAAGAGAAUGCCUUGGAGGAGGAGAAACCCCUGGCCAAGUUAGGAGGAGGGCCCCCACCUCCAGGGGGUAAGCUUCCUACCAAGCAAUGUGAGGAGACCCCACCCACAUCCAUCAGUGAAUCUGCCCCCUCCCAGACAGAUUCAGAUGUUCCACCAGGGACAGAGGAGUGCCCCUCCAUUACAGCAGAUGCAAACAUUGACUCCGAAGAUGACUCUGAGACUUUACCCACUGAUAGAACCCUGACCUACAGGCAUGCCGAUCCUCCUCCAGUGGUUUUCAGGGACUCUGCUCCAUCCUCAGGCCACCACGAUGUGUGCAUGGUGGACCCAGAGGCGCUCAAGGCUGAAGAAAACCUCCACAAUGCUAACACAGAUGGAGAAAAGCUCAAGAAGAAAAAACUCUCCAAAAAGAGCGCAUCACCAGCCAGGAAGACUGGUCUAUCAAAAGUCAAGGACACAAAGACUGCCUCUCCAAAGAAGAGUGUUGGAGAAGGGAAAGAUGCUAAAAAUGCAACCAAUACCUCUGCGUCCAGAGGUGUGAAAAGCGCCACAUCAGGUAAGAACAAUGCAUCUGUUGGGACAACUCUGCCCAACUGUCCUCCCAUGUACAUGGAUUUGGUUUAUAUCCCCAAUCACUGCAGUGCCAAGAACGUGGAUGCUGAGUUCUUUAAGCGGGUGCGCUCCUCUUACUAUGUGGUCAGCGGCAAUGAUCAGACAGCUCAGGAGCCCAGCAGGGCUGUCCUUGAUGCUUUGCUGGAAGGGAAGGCCCAGUGGGGAAACAACAUUCAGGUCACUCUGAUUCCAACCCAUGACACUGAUGUGAUGAGGGAGUGGUACCAGGAGACCCACGACAAGCAGCAGGAGCUGAACAUCAUGGUCCUAGCCAGCAGCAGCACUGUCGUCAUGCAGGAUGAGUCCUUCCCGGCUUGUAAGAUAGAGAUGUAGGCCUGUUCCGAAGGAGAUCUGUGGAUUAGGAGGACUAAAAAAGGACUGAUACUGAGAUCAUGAUUUGUAGAGGAGAACAAAUCCACGUAGCAUAAAACCUAAGCAGACACUUAAACACUUACACUAAAAUUAUACUUCUUGUGUACUAAAAGAAGUAAAAAAAAAAUAAAAUAUCUGCAACGAGGACUAACACUAAUAGAAAUUAGCUUUGAGGGGCUCCAUACAAAUGACAAAGUUUUCUAUGUAAAGUAAUACAUCCUUUACAACCUCAAGGUGUUAUCUGAUUUUAAAGGUAUAAAUGGCUUGUACUGGGAGGAAAUUAGAAACCAAAAAAAACAGCUUAGCAAUGUUUUGUCCAAUUAUGCUUACACUAGGACAGCUCAAGUAAUGACGUUGUUGUUUAUGUACUGAGUUUCUUCUGCAUCUCCAGAUCAAAAUAUACAGUAUGAGAGCUUUUAAUUAACGGCUGUCAAGGAACAAAACAUCCCUGCCUUUGGUACAUUCUUAAAUAAUGGCUGUUAUCCACACCAAAGGAUAGAACAAUAUGUUUUCUUUUAUUGCCUUAGGGUGUAAAAACGAAUGUAUUAGAACUGGAGCAAUUAGCAGAAAAGUAGGCAACCUCUACGCAGAGGAAAGCCUUAAAAGGACUGUUAAAUGGUUACAUAGUUGAAUGAUGGUAAAUAUAAAUUAACUUGAAGGGAUACUCAACAAUGAUUAGCAUUCAUAUGAUGUCUGACUUCAUAUUCAUCACCGUCGAGACAGAGUGGCCCUACCAUUGCGAGACUGUUUGUUAUGUUUCUAAGUUGGUUGGGUCUUAUUUGAUUUAAAGUGGACAUUUUUUGUUCUUCAUUUGUCCGGUUUAUGUUGCUGCUGAUGUAUGGACAUUAAUUUAUUAUGUCAAAUUUAUUUUAUUGUGAGGCGUGAUAGCCUUUUACACUGUGCAACAGAAAGUUGCCUUAGAAUGCGCCCCCUUGCCUUUGUCACAUCUGUAAAAUCGUAACAUUUUCCACAAUGUUAAUGCUUUGUAGAAGACUGCCUUUUAUUUUAGAAUGCCUGUUUUAUUUAAAGACUUUAAGUUAUUUUCAAAAGAGAAAGUCAGAUCUUAUUGCUUUUGCCCGUUUUUUUAUGUAAGCAUUGAGCUGUAGGGGAGCUUGCCUUUUCCCAAUGUAAAGCUGGUGAAGCAGGAUAUUUUCAUAAACCUUAAAAAUGUCUUGUUUUUCUAAAGCAUUGUACUAUAAUUAUAAAUAGCUUUGUGGCAGAUGGAAUGGUUGAAAGACGUGCAUGAGUUAUGAUAUAUUAGGAUUUUUUUCUCUUAUUUUAACGGGGAUAUUUUGCUCAGACUAGCAUUAAGAUCAACAGGGCUAUAUAGGCUAAAUGAAUAAAUGUGAGGAGGAUUGUUUGCUUUUUGCAAGUUGUGCCACGACGUUGCACACUACAGUAACUCAAGCGGUUGCCUAUGGAACUGUAUCACUGUUAAACGUGAUUUUGGGUUCAGCAAAGUGUAGAUUUUCAGGUUGAUGUGAGCGUUAGGGAGGCCGAAAACUUCUUGUGACAUUAGUUUCUCCUCUUUAGCCAGGAUGAAAAGGAAACAGCUUCCAGCAGACGUAAAGCCUUGAGAGGGGCAGCACACAGAGAUGAGAGUGAGUGACUUGUGUGUUUUAAAUGAAAGUAUGUAAAAAAAAACAACAACAACAAAAAAAAAAACUAGACACUUUAAACACAAACAUGACACAUACCAAAUUAACUGUACAGAGGCCAUAGAUUAACUUUGACGGGCCAGCUUCUGGAUAAAUAUUAUCAAAUCAACGCACGAUGAUUACAGUUUUUGGUACUUUGGGUUAUUACACCAAGUCACCAAACGCACCAGAUAUUUCUGUAAUAAUGUCAGGUGUUCAUGAUACCACAAUAAACCACUUUUCAUGCAGGAUAACCUCAAACCAACACCAUGACCACACUGUCAUUCAACAACAACCCUACAAACUCUGAACUUAAAUUUCUCUUGAACUGACAUUUCUCUUUUCUCUGUCUACUUUCUCUACACUUCCUCUAUUGCUCUCUCUGUCUAUUUAUCUUUGCCUUUUUCUCCUUAUCUUUCUCUUGGGAGAACUUUAAUAAUGUUUGUCUGCAGUCGUGUGGUAUAUUUGUCUUGUGCUCAUGCAUACUCUCUGCCCCUUUUCCCAAACUCAUAUAUAACCUAUAGCAAUUAGUUUCAAGUGAGUAUUCCUUAGUGCUUUCUGAUAUUUGUGUGCAAUAUUUCCUCUACCCAUAUGGCAAGUCUGAUGUAAGAGGAACUACUACUAAAGA